UCGAGUCCAACGGCAGCUGUCCCGGCCAACACCACAAUCCAACAGAACUUGCAACGCUAAGGCCGCACAGAAGAUGCCGAUCGGUGAGAGCAACGGUGGUCAAGAGCAACGAAACUGCUGAGCCAUGGCAGAAGCAACAUACUCGUUCACGAUCCCGUCUGCGCACGACGAUACCAACCUUGAAUGUCGCAUCUACCAUCCACGCAACCUCCAAGAUCUCCUCAUAAGCAAUGAUUCCAAACCUCGGAUUGCAAUUGUAGCACAUCCUUAUGCACCCUUGGGAGGCACAUACGAUGACCCAGUCGUGCUAUCCCUCGCCGAAUGCCUCCUUCGGGAAAGCUACAUCACCGUAACUUUCAAUUUCAGGCAAGUGCAAGGCGCAGGAAAAUCAGCAGGAAAGACAUCAUGGACGGGCAGACCAGAAGUAGACGACUACGCAUCCGUCGUCGGGCUUGCAAUUUACUACUUCAGCAACAUUUGCACGCCUCCUGGGCCCGACAUACUAUCUGCUAAACACGCAAGCCUCGAUCCCAGCUCCCUCUACAGAGACCACGCGACCUCAAACGGCCCCCUCGAGCUAUUGCUCGCGGGCUAUUCCUUCGGCUCGUUGAUCCUGUCUCGCCUGCCAGGCGUGCCCGCGAUCUUGCAGCGCUUCGAGACCGCAGAAAGAGGCACUGCAGCUUCCGAAAUCUUCAUGCGGGCUCGAACGCUUGCAAAACAAACCAAGCAAUCGAUUGAGGUCGCUCAGAGUCCGACUUCGCCAAAAACAGUCCGUGGUCGACGACCUCGCCAUGACGACUCUCCGACAAAAUUGCAAUCCUCGGUGGUUGUUGGAGGUGACGAGCUUGACGCAUCAGAGCGUCGACGAAGCCGCGAUUCGCGCACAAGCGUAGACGUGAUGCGAGAUAUGCCGCAUAACAUCAAGCACCACAUGCGUAGGCAUAGCGGGCAUUCCCGAAGACCCUCCUUGGAACGAGAGAGCAAUACACCGGCAAGCACUUCUAAGCUCGCUGGCGGCAAGCCAGGACCAGAAAUCGCAGUACGCUACCUGAUGAUCAGUCCCGUACUCGUGCCGUUCUCGACUACACUGCUGUCGCCUGGUCUACCGUUCACUGAGGGUAGCUCUAACGAUGGGGAGACGGGCGUCUUGGGCUUAAAACAUCCGACCUUGAUCGUAUUCGGAGCUGGUGACACUUUUACGGCAAGCAAAAAGCUUCGUUUGUGGGCAGAGAAGCUCCAGAAGGAUUCGCCAGAGAAGAAGGUCCACUGGGCACAAAUCGAUGGUGCAGGUCACUUCUGGCGUGAACGUGGAGUCAUGAAAGCUUUGCGGUCCGAAGUCCAAGCAUGGCUGAAGAGUGAUGCUCGUCCAGAGACGGGUCAGAUGCAGUGAAUAUAUUGCGUGGUCGAAACCUCGACCAGAACUCCU